AAUCGCUUCUCAUCCAAUCUCCCUAGAAAACACCGCAAACACACACACUGAUGCUAACCUACGCACCCCUUUCUCUUCUGCGUUACUAACUUGGUACUUACUGCCAUUUAAAGGGGACUGUAACAGCCACUUUUAUCACUGCUAAUUUCACCAUUUCUUUGAAUACGACAUCGUCUAGAAUCUCACGGAGAUUUGUUGCUCUCUGUGGGCUUUUCGCCGUUUCGUUCACUCGUUUUCUUAAUGUGCUGUAUUUUCUUUUGUUUUCAUUAACUUUCUUGGGAACCAAACACAAGUUGAUUGGUGCUGUACCUUACUCUUCACGGGGUUCGGUUUUGAGGGAGGCGCUUUCUAUUGAAGAGUUGGUAUCAGAAGAUGUUCGGUUUCUCUCGUCGACGCUUGAAGCAUGGAAGAUUGAAAGUCCAUCUAUCAGACUCUGCUCAGGGAACUCGAAGUCCCGUAAAGAACCAGAAGCGGAGUAGCAGCGCUGGUAGUGAAUGUGCCGCACCUACAACUAGCCUUUCCGAUGAACUCAAUUGCCAUUGUUCAUCUGCUGCGCCUGAGAUUAGUAAUUGCACAUCGUGGAACUCUGAGAAUUGGAUGGUUUUGUCAAUUGCUGGGGACAAACCUACGGGUCGUUUUAAUCAUGCAGCAGCUGUGAUUGGGAACAAGAUGAUAGUGGUCGGUGGUGAAUCUGGGAAUGGGUUGUUGGAUGAUGUACAGGUGCUUAAUUUUGAUAAAUUUAGUUGGACAACAGCUUCAUCAAAGGUUUACUUGUCACCAAGUAGUCUGCCACUAAAGAUUCCUGCAUGCAAGGGCCAUAGUCUGAUUUGUUGGGGAAAAAAGAUACUACUGAUUGGAGGAAAAACUGGUCCUAGCAGUGACAGAGUUUCAGUGUGGGCAUUUGACACGGAGACUGAGUGCUGGUCACUUAUAGAAGCAAAGGGUGAUGUGCCGGUUGCUCGCAGUGGUCACACUGUGGUUAAGGCAAGCUCUGUCUUGAUCUUAUUUGGCGGUGAAGAUACUAAAAGGAGGAAACUAAAUGAUCUAUAUAUGUUUGAUCUGAAGUCUUUGACAUGGCUCCCUCUUCAUUGCACAGGAACAGGACCAUCUCCAAGAUCCAACCAUGUAGCAGCUCUUUAUGAUGAUAAAACACUUUUUGUGUUUGGAGGAGCAUCAAAGUCCAAGACAUUGAAUGACUUGUACUCUCUUGACUUUGAAACGAUGGUGUGGUCAAGAAUAAAGAUACGUGGUUUCCAUCCAUCACCAAGAGCUGGUUCUUGUGGGGUACUCUGUGGAACUAAGUGGUACAUAGCAGGGGGUGGAAGCAGGAAAAAACGACAUUCAGAGACGUUGAUAUUUGAUGUUUUAAAAGUUGAGUGGUCUGUGGCCGUCACAUCACUGCCGUCUUCUCUCACUACCAACAAGGGUUUCAGCCUAGUGUUUGUACAGCACAAGGAAAAGGAUUUUCUUGUUGCUUUUGGGGGAUCCAAAAAGGAGCCAUCAAAUCAGGUGGAGGUACUGCUAAUGGAAAAGAUUGAGUCACCAAUGGGUCGAAGAUCUGCUCCUGGUGGAUCUUUACUGUUUGAAAAAUGCUCAUCAGGCACAGAAUUGGCUACUUCUUCCCAGCGUUUGGUUGAUGCUGUUGCUAGACAAAAUCUAGCAUCUGCCGUUGAACAGCAUGGUUCAGGAAGAAAAUCUUUGUCAGAUUUCUCAGUUAUUGAGCCAAAUCCUGUUUCUGGCAAUCUUUCACUUCGAAAGCAAUUCCAUAAUGAGGAAGAACACAAAAUGGCUGUUAAGAUGCCAAAGGGUUCAGAAGAUGAUAAUCCUUCCUUACAGGCAACAGAACCCUCAACAAAUAAAUCUGAAAUGGGAAUUCAGAGUAACAUAACUGGUGGCAAACUGAAUGGUGAGGAAGCCCCUUUAUUUGAAUCUGACAAUGCAAUUCCUCACAACCAUGGAAAUGGAAAUGUUCCAGUUGACAAUGAUUAUGUCGUAUUACCUGAAAGUGAUAUAAAAUCUGGAGUGUCAUCAGCUCCUGCAAAUAUAUACCAAGUUUAUGAAACAAAAAUGGCUUCCCUGAUAAGGAAGAAUGGAAGUCUAGAAGGGCAGUUGGCAGCUGCAUUGGCAAGUCGAGAAGCUGCAGAGAGGAAUUUAUCCUCAGUUUUCAAGAGCAGACAGGAGAUGGAGAAAAAAUUGGCAGACAUGGUGAAGGAGAUGGAGUUGCUUAAAGAGAAGCUUGCUGGUGUAGAGCUAGCACAAGAAGAGGCUAACAGUUUAUCAAAUAUAGUCCACUCUGACAAUGUACGGCUCGAGCAUGAUGUGGCUUUUCUGAAGGCAGUUUUGGACGAUACUCAGAAGGAGCUGCACUCAACUAGAGGAGUCCUUGCAGGGGAAAGGGCAAGGGCCUUCCAACUGCAGGUUGAAGUUUUUCAUGUUAAACAAAGAUUGCAAUCUAUGGAGAACCGAGCACCCACCCCUAGGAAACCUUUCAAUGUGUAGUACGGAGAAUGGAGAACAAAUCUGAAUGAUCGAGCUAUCCAUCAAUGGUUAGUGGUAGUGGCUGGCUGUCUCAUGGAAAAGCCAGGAGGCAGACAAUGUAAGGACCACCAUGGCGGGAUUGGUUGGACAAAGACUAGACUAGACUACUCGGCCUCAGCCUGUGAAAACUGAAAAUCACCCCAAUGGGCCAACUGAUGAGCGCUAAGUUUACAGUUUCAAGCUUGAAAUAAAGAAUCUUUGUAAUUUAAUGCUGUGAAUAUGUGAAGCCAGUAUUUCUUUUGUAUAUUUGGUUGUAUUCUGUUAUAUUUUUGUUUUACCUAAAUGAAACCCAUUCCACUUAUCUUA